CCCAUCUAAAAUAAACCUAAAUCUAUCUCUCAGCAAGAAUCAUGUGGAUCCCUCUGCUGGUAAUACUGUUGGUGCUAAUCUUCAUGUACAGAUGGCACAGGCAGAGCCAGAUAUUGGAAAAUCUUUCUGAUAAAUAUGUGCUGAUCACUGGAUGUGACACUGGAUUUGGGAACCUGUUGGCAAAGCAGUUGGACCGGCGUGGGAUGCAGGUACUUGCAGCCUGUCUUACAGAGGAAGGUGCUGAGGAUCUGAAGAAGAAUGCUUCCAGCAGACUGCAGACAGUAAUCCUGGAUGUUACAGACAGUCAGAGUGUGAGCUCUGCUGCCAAGUGGGUCACUCAAAUCGUCAGAGAUAAAGGACUAUGGGGCUUGGUAAACAACGCAGGAAUUCUGGUCCCUAUAGCCCCUAAUGAAUGGCUGGAUAAAGAAGACUUCCGGAAAAUACUGGAUGUGAAUCUCUUUGGGAUGGUAGAUGUGACACUGAAUCUACUUCCUUUAGUCAAGAAAGCCCAUGGACGUAUUGUUAAUGUAUCCAGCAUCGCGGGACGUCUAUCCCUCUGUGGAGGUGGCUACUGUAUUUCAAAGUUUGGAGUGGAAGCUUUUUCAGACAGUGUGAGACGUGAACUCAAACCUUUUGGUGUGAAAGUUUCAAUUAUUGCACCAGAUUUCUUUAAGACAUCAAUUUUGGAUUCAGAGCGACAUCAGGAAAAUAUAAAAAAAGUCUGGAGUAAUGUUUCAAAGGAAAUUAAAGACUGCUACGGACAACAAUAUUUUUAUUCUUAUUGCAAUUUUCUCAGGAAGACAUGUUCUUUGGGAAGCUCCAAGUUAACAAUUGUCACGGACUGCAUGGAACAUGCCCUGACCGCAGUGCACCCGUGGACCCGUUACUCUGCUGGCCUAUAUGCCAAGUUGUUCUACAUUCCUCUGUCUUACUUGCCCACAUGUGUGGCUGACUACAUGCUUGAUUCAUCCCCCAAAAUACGUACCUAA